CGAAGAUGUAAACAAACAGAGGCAGCGCGGCCAUGACAGUUACAGAAGAGUUCGACCCACGGUUGACCGCUCGGUCCGCUGCCGUCGAAUAAACCGUGUUUUCAGCUGUCUUGUCUCUUUGUCUGCAGAGAGAUGAGAGACCCGAGUCUCAGCGACGUCUUUUCCAACAUGACCAUCAGAGGCGAGGGCAUCCUGAGCAGCCAGCUGGGCUCCGAGGACGAGCCCUUCGCCGAGUACCUGUGGAUGGAGCACGAGGAGGAGUUCAACAGACAGGUGGAGGAGGAGCUGUGGGAGGAGGAGUUUAUCGAGCGCUGCUUCCAGGAGAUGCUGGAGGAGGAGGAGCAGUGGGAGUGGUUCAUCCCGUCCAGAGACCUGCCGGUGCUGGACGCAGACGUGCACGCAGACGCAGACUUCCUGCUCACGGUGAGCAGCAGUCUGAACCCCAACGCCAAGGAGUUCACCCCGGGCAGCCAGAAACACAUCAUGUGACCCGCCGGGCUCCGCCCCCUCUCCCCAACGCCGCACUGUGACAUCAUCAACAAGAUGUCUGGCGUAUUCUCCCGCCGCCACUCGACCCCCAGCCGGCCGUGUUGCCAAAGUCCCGCGCUCGCCACGUUCAGAGUUACUGUCAGUUACUGAGUUACUGCACCACCCGUCUGUCUGCCUGUCUGUCUGCCCGUCUUUCUGUCUGUCUGCCCUCCGCUCGUCUGUCUGCCCUCCCUCCGUCUGUCUGUCUGCCGCUCAUCUGU